CCUCCUCUUGAGGCUUUGUAAAGGGUCACGUUGCGCUGCAGCAUUGAAACAGGAGACGGCUCCGCAUCCUUCCCAUACUACUCACCUGCUCUCUGUUCACAUAGACAUCCAUCAGUAGCCAAGAUGACUCACCAGUAUCCUGCACUGUCUGCUGAGCAGAAAAAAGAGCUGCAAGAGAUCGCUCUGAGGAUUGUAGCUCCAGGAAAAGGGAUCCUCGCAGCAGAUGAGUCCACCGGCAGCAUGGCGAAACGUUUAAACCCCAUUGGGGUUGAAAACACAGAGGAGAAUAGGCGUCGCUAUCGCCAGCUGCUCUUCACUGCUGACCAGCGCAUUGACAGCUGUAUCGGUGGUGUCAUCUUCUUCCACGAAACCCUCUACCAGAACACAGACGACGGCACCCCCUUCGCCAAGCUCAUCAAAGACCGCGGCAUUGUUGUUGGCAUCAAGGUGGAUAAAGGUGUUGUGCCCCUUGCUGGAACAAACGGAGAGACGACCACUCAGGGUCUGGACGGGCUGUCCGAGCGCUGUGCACAGUACAAAAAGGAUGGUGCUGACUUUGCAAAGUGGCGUUGUGUGUUGAAGAUCAGCGAGACUACACCAUCUGAGCUAGCCAUCUUCGAGAAUGCUAAUGUACUGGCACGAUAUGCUAGCAUCUGCCAGCAGAAUGGUAUUGUACCAAUUGUGGAGCCUGAGAUCCUUCCUGAUGGAGACCACGACCUGAAGCGUUGCCAGUACGUCACAGAGAAGGUUCUUGCUGCAGUUUAUAAGGCUCUGUCAGACCAUCAUGUGUACUUGGAGGGGACACUUCUCAAACCCAACAUGGUCACACCUGGGCACUCCUGUCCCACAAAGUACAGCAGCGAGGAAAUUGCCAUGGCUACCGUUACUGCCCUGCGCCGCACCGUGCCUCCAGCUGUUACAGGAGUGACAUUCUUGUCAGGUGGUCAGUCUGAAGAGGAGGCCAGUGUGAAUCUUAAUGCCAUUAACACCUGCCCGCUGGCCAAGCCCUGGGCCCUGACUUUCUCCUAUGGCCGCGCCCUGCAGGCCUCCGCUCUCGGCGCAUGGAAAGGAGAGCUGAACAACGAGAAGGCCGCCACUGAGGAGUUCAUCAAACGUGCUCAGGCAAACGGCCUGGCUGCUCUCGGCAAGUACGAGUCUUCUGGAACUGGUGGCGCUGCAGGAAAAUCCCUCUACGUGGCUAACCAUGCCUACUAAACAUCAAACUUCCACAUUCAGCUGUGGCCUAGUACUAGUCUUUGCUCUGCUAUUUCCCUUCACUUCUCCAUCAGUCACAGGCCUGCUCUGUCUCGUAUCAGUUACUAAAAUUAUAUCGUUAUUAGAUGAUAAAAACUUGAGAUUACAAUACUAAAGGGAACAGGCUUGCUACUUUUUUUUCUUUAUAUUUUAAAAAAUUAAUUCAGACAGGUUUCAGGCAGUUUUAUGACAGAAGUGUUUGAUGUCUCACUGUGGUCGGGCUCAGACAUUGAAGUUAGAAGUGGAGAAUAUUAUUAAGAUGUUCAGUCAAUAUUCAUUUCAUGCCUCUUCCUAAGUGUGCCCAGCUCCAUGACAGGUGCUUCCCCUUUUUUUCUCCCAACAAGUGCUCCCAAAGCAGGCCAGAUCAGCAUGUGUGUCAGUGUUUUGCUUCUGUAAGAACACAGCGUUGGUUUAUUGUUAAAACGCUUUACUAACAUUCAUACUGACGGUGGGACCAACAGAUUACAAUGCAUCUAUUAAAGGGCAAAAUGACCAGAUAAACAGAACAAAACUGUUAAUCCUCUGAGCAUAUGUAGUGCUAUCCAGAUAGCUGUGAAUCCAGCAGAAGGCAGUAGACACACAGUAAAAAAAUCACUCCACACCAGGAUUCAUUCUGAUCUUUUUUGAUCUUGUGCUCCUUAUCACCAUUAUCCAUAAAGUGAAAAAUCAUGUGUGUCUUCUUAGUAUAACAUUAGAUUUUAAAUUACACGCAGUAAUUAAUGUAUUGAGUUGUGUGAAGGUGUCAAUAUUAUGUGAUGCUUUUGUGUCAUCCCUGACCUCCUGUUUCCCCCUGUCUGCCCCACGGGAAGAUCAGAUCAGUUUAUAUUGACGAACACAUGAAACGGACCAACGCGUGGGGUCAGCAGUUUGGAAACAGUCACUGCUGUGUUGGAAUACUGUAAUGUUUGUGAUGUUAAUAUUGUUGUUGAAACACUUGGUGUGUCAAAUAGUGGAGGAAAUAAACUAAAAUACACAUAAAUUA